GCACCUGCAGAAGAAGAAAGCAGAUAGAGAGCUUAUUUAGUGAAGCCAUGCUUGGACAAGUCCUCAGGCAACAUCAUGGCUGAUGAGACAUCAGUUAGACAAGGAAGGAGGGAGAUGAGCUGCACUGAGCUCCUGACAUGAUGGGCAGAGGCCCAAAGGGACUGCCCCAUGAAGGACACAGCUGGCAGGGCACAGGGAGCCACCGAGACCCCAACCCUUGGUGAGGCAGAAGUCUGGAGGGCAUAUGUCUGACACAAAUCCAACAAACAGCUGCUGCUGGGUACACAGGGUGGGAGGAGAACGGAAGGAAGGGACAAUAGAGCAAAGAACUAAGGUGUCUGUGACACCACCCAAUCUCACCAGCAACGAGGGAAGCAGGCUGUGCUCCCCACUGCUCCCACAGGAGGGAGGACACGGGCAGGUGACAGGUUAGCUCAGGCAGUGCACACAGUGCCAUGUCAGCCACACGGGCUCUCCUGGUUCUGUUUGUAACACAGCUCUCACUUAUAUUCUUUUCCCAUGGAUUUUGGCUGCUUUAGUCCUGGGAUGCCUUUGCAACGAGCAGCUAUUCAUGCUGUCAAGUUGGGGCCGCGUUGCUGGCCCUUGGAGUGGAAAGGCACAGCAACUGGGCACACCGCUCUCCAAUGAUGAGUACCGCCAGUUCUUCAGGUCCCUUCGGGCCGCCCAUCGUGCCAGCACUGCCUGCCACCUCCGCAUGCUGUAUGGCUGCCAGAACCCCCUGGUCCGGAGACUGGAUGAGUAUGAAAACCAUGGAAUCAUCCCCAAAGGGCCCAUAUGCUCUGAACUGACAGAAACUUCCUUCUUCCCCAACUUCUGCGCCUUUGCUUUUUAUCGCUGCACUACAAAAAGGUAUUUCAUUAAGAGGACUGCAUGCCCAGGAGAGCACAAGGCCAACCUGGGCAGCACACAAACCUUCAACAACAUGGCCCUGAGCAGUGAUGCAGAACUGUCUGCUACCUUCAGCCCCCAGCCCAUUUUUCUCACCUCUCCUGCAACCACCCAGCCAUCCAGCUCCAGCCCUAACAUGGAAGGAGCAGGCAUUUCCAGCUCCUCACCUGAUGGCACGCUACAGCUGAGGAGCAUGCAGCCUUCCGCCUCACAUCCCGCAGAGGUGACAGUCAGCAGCCAGCAGCAGGGACAGCUGCCCACCACUGACAUUGAGGAUCUCCUCCUAAGGCUGCAGGACAGCCAUGUGCAGAGCUUGGUGCACACAAUGAAGCAGCUGCUGGCCAUGGGAAAGGCAGUGAUGGAGGAAGAGCUGCAGGCUGCUGCCCUGAGGCUGCUGGUGGCCCUGAACAACGCAAGUGUGUCUCAGGGGGCAAACAGCACUGAUACACAGCAUGGAAGAAAAACGUGAUCAGCAAAAGGGAUGAGCCACUGUGGCUUAGAGGGG